UCUUCUUCUUCUCCAGUUGUGCAAUUGUUCUACCAUGAACAUCACUUUCAACCAAUCAAUCAGAGAUGGUGACUUGAUGCUCUCCAACGACGAGACCUUUGUACUUGGAUUCUUCAGCCCUGACACAUCCAGAAAACACUAUGUUGGAGUCUGGUACAAGUUCUCAGAAGACACGGUUGUGUGGGUAGCUAACAGAGACGAUCCUGUCAAUGCUAACUCGGGAAUUCUCACAAUUAGUACUGAUGGAAAUCUCGUUUUAACGCAUGGUGAUAGCCAAGGCCUUCCUCUGUGGUCAUCAAAUGUUUCUGUCUCACCAAGUAACACUAAUACCAUGGCACAACUCCUGGAUUCAGGAAACCUGGUUUUGGUUAAUCAAGACACCAACCACAGUAAUGUCUUAUGGCAGAGCUUCAAUCAUCCUACACAUGUUCUUCUUCCAAAUAUGAAAAUUGGAGUGGACCAUGGUAAGAACAUGUACCUCACAUCAUGGAAUUCAAACAAUGAUCCUGGAACGGGGAAUUGCUCAUUAAAGACAGAACUGUAUGGAUCCCCUCAGAUAAUAUUGUACAACAAUCAUGCUAAAUGGUGGCGGUUAAGUGAACGUGAUGCAGUUUUUGUGAGUGAUAAAAUAAGCAGGCAAAGCAGCAAUGGUACAUUUGACAUAAUUCUUGUGAACAAUGAAGAUGAGGUUUCUACGACAUGGGCUGUUCUUGACCAUUCGGUUCACUCAAUAAUAGUGAUAUCUGGGUCUGGUACAUCCGGAUCAGUUCAACAGCUAGCAUGGCAGGGAGAGCAGCAGGCGUGGGUAGUCGUUUGGUCAGCACCAACAGAUGUCUGUGACAAGUAUGGUAAGUGUGGCCCUUUUGGAAUUUGCAAUAUGCACACGGCUAACUGGGUGAAAUGUGCAUGCUUUCCUGGAUAUGAACCCAACUUCCCACAGGAUUGGAAAUUAAGAGAAGAGUCAGGUGGGUGCAACAGGCAACACGGGGCUCCAUCCAUGUGUAGGAACGGUGAGGGGUUCGUAAGGAUGGAAAAUGUAAAUAUUCCAGAUACUUCCAAUGUCGAAUUGGACAAGAAUAUGAGUCUGGAAGCAUGUGAGCAGAAGUGUUUGAAUAACUGCUCUUGCCUGGCAUAUGCCAGUGCAGAUAUCAGGAAUGGAAGUGGCUGUAUGACCUGGUAUGGAGAUUUAAUGGAUACUAAGCAGUAUAUUGAACGACAAGGACAAGACUUAUACAUACGUGCCAAUGCAAUAGUAGCAGGUACUUUAUUCAUAAGAAUUUCUUCAUCUAUCAUCCCAUAUGUUUAUUUGUCAUGCAUUGAUAUUUGGCAAUAUCUGAGUACUUAUUUCCCUGUUUUCCCACUCUUUAGCUAAAUAUGCAAAGAAG